AUGACUUCUGGCCGGCCAUUGCUUUCAUCUCUGGAUAAUUCUUCUGUCUCGGGGCAGCCAUUGCUUCAUCAUUCUGGUAGUUUGGGUACUUUGGGGGUUUCUCGCCCAGCUGAUUCUGUCAAUACUUCUAUCCUCCAUCUUGCUCGAGGCGAGCCAUUUGAGGUAGAUUGUUUGGAAAAGGACAAAGGGAGGGUUCACUUUGUUGGUGAUAAUAGCUUCCGAAGCGCGAAUCCAGUUGGAGAAAGUUUCGAUUCAGUAGUGACUACAAAGAGGCUCCAAUCUCUCGACUCUGAGUUCUUUGAGGAAGUUUCAUUGGAAUGCUCCACACAACUGAGCAAACACCUCGUAUCGUGGGGUGCAACUGCCAAGGAAAUGCUGCAUAACGACAAUAAUGCAACCUUUUCAACUAGCUUUGAGAUUUCUAGGGAUUCUGGUAACUUGGGCAAGCCUAAGAGGAGGAGCCGCCCGAAAAGUUUGCAGCUUGACGAGGAUGUGUUGCGGGAAGAAGAUGCUCGGUUCAUCUACAUUAAUGAUCCGAGGAGAACCAAUGACCAGUAUGAAUUUACAGGCAAUGAGAUUCGAACCAGCAAGUAUACCUUGAUUACCUUCUUGCCAAAGAAUAUUUUUAUUCAGUUCCAUCGGGUUGCUUAUUUGUAUUUUCUGGCCAUUGCUGCUCUCAACCAGCUUCCUCCUCUAGCAGUUUUUGGGAGAACAGUGUCCCUUUUUCCUCUCUUGUUUGUACUUUGUGUCACUGCGAUUAAAGAUGGAUACGAGGAUUGGAGAAGGCAUAGAUCAGAUCGCAAUGAGAAUAAUCGAGAGGCUCUAAUUUUUCAAUCUGGCCAACUUAGAUCGAAGAAAUGGAAACAUAUACGAGUCGGUGAAGUUAUGAAGAUCAGUGCUAAUGAGACAAUUCCUUGUGACAUGGUUUUGUUAGGGACCAGUGAUCCUAGUGGCGUUGCUUACAUACAAACAAUGAAUUUGGAUGGCGAGUCAAACUUGAAGACGAGGUAUGCUAGGCAGGAAACAUCUUUAGCAGUCUUUGAAGGGCGUGCAAUUUCAGGGCUCAUAAGAUGUGAGCAACCCAAUAGGAAUAUUUACGAGUUCACAGCCAACAUGGAGUUCAAUGGGCAAAAGUAUUCCCUGAGCCAAUCUAACAUUGUUUUGCGUGGCUGUCAGCUGAAGAACACUGGUUGGAUAAUUGGUGUUGUGGUGUAUGCUGGCCAGGAAACAAAAGCAAUGUUGAAUAGUGCAGCUUCUCCUUCCAAAAGAAGCAGACUGGAAAAUUACAUGAACCGGGAGACUCUAUGGUUGUCUAUUUUUCUGUUCAUAAUGUGUCUGGUUGUUGCCACAGGAAUGGGUCUUUGGCUUGCACAAUAUGAGAACCAGCUUGAUUACUUGCCUUAUUACAGAAAGAGAUACUUCACGCUGGGGAAGGAUUAUCGGAAAGAAUACAAAUUUUAUGGGAUUCCUAUGGAGAUUUUUUUCUCAUUUUUGAGCUCUAUCAUAGUCUUUCAGAUAAUGAUUCCCAUAUCUCUGUAUAUUACAAUGGAGCUGGUUCGUAUAGGGCAGUCUUAUUUCAUGAUUGGGGACAGUCACAUGUAUGAUAGUAUCUCUGGCUCGAGGUUUCAGUGCAGAUCUUUGAAUAUAAAUGAGGAUUUGGGUCAGAUACGCUAUGUUUUUUCAGACAAGACAGGGACACUUACUGAGAACAAAAUGGAAUUUCGAAGAGCAAGUGUAAACGGGAAAAAUUAUGGAGGCUCCUUGCUAACUGCUGAUCCAUUGCAGACAGAGAGCAUUUCAGCUGCAACUACAAAUAGGAGAUGGAAACUUAAAUCUACGAUUGCUGUUGAUUCUGAACUCUUGGAAUUGUUGCACAAAGACUUAGUUGGAGAUGAAAGGAUUGUUGCACAUGAUUUUUUCCUUGCGCUAGCUGCAUGUAACACUGUGAUCCCAAUUCGUACUUGUGAUGGGUUUUCUAGUUGCACAGACAGUCAAUUUUUUGAGGAUGCAGAUACUAUGGACUAUCAGGGUGAAUCCCCUGAUGAGCAAGCAUUAGUUUCUGCAGCCUCUGCUUAUGGUUAUACUCUUUUCGAGCGUACAUCUGGACAUAUAGUAAUUGAUGUCAAUGGUGAGAAAUUAAGGUUUGGUGUCUUGGGCAUGCAUGAAUUCGAUAGUGUGCGGAAACGAAUGUCUGUUGUAAUUAGAUUUCCUAACAAUGCUGUAAAGGUGCUGGUCAAAGGUGCUGAUAAUUCAAUGCUGAGUAUUUUAGCAAAAGACUCAGGAAGGGAUGAUCAUGCAAGGCGUGCAGCAACAGAGAGUCAUUUGACUGAAUAUUCAUCACAAGGUUUACGCACACUUGUGAUUGCUGCAAGGGAUCUUACAGAGGAAGAACUUGAGCUAUGGCAAUGCAGGUUUGAUGAUGCAAGCACUUCUUUGACUGAUAGAGCAGCAAAGCUACGUCAAACAGCAGCUCUCAUAGAGUGCGACUUGACAUUACUUGGUGCAACAGCAAUUGAAGACAGGCUACAAGAAGGUGUGCCAGAAACCAUUGAAUCCCUCCGGCAAGCAGGGAUCAAGGUCUGGGUUCUGACCGGUGAUAAGCAAGAGACGGCAAUAUCUAUUGGCCUGUCUUGCAAACUCUUGACAAAAGAUAUGGAGCAAAUUAUUGUAAAUGGCAAUUCAGAGAAUGAAUGCAGAAAACUUUUGGCUGAUGCUAAGGCCAAGUGUUGUUUAAAAUCAUCAAGCAAAGGAAGCCAAUAUUUGAAAUGCAAUGAGAAUGCUGAAAUGGACUACCUUGAGAGGCCAGAGAAGGAGGAAGUGCCACUAGCUCUCAUAAUUGACGGGAACAGUUUAGUAUACAUUUUGGAGAAAGAACUAGAGUCAGAGCUUUAUGACAUUGCAACUUAUUGUAAGGUUGUGGUUUGCUGUCGUGUUGCACCACUACAGAAGGCAGGGAUUGUUGAUCUAAUCAAGAGCCGGACUGAUGAUAUGACAUUGGCUAUUGGUGAUGGAGCUAAUGAUGUUUCAAUGAUCCAAAUGGCGGAUGUUGGUGUCGGAAUAUGUGGUCAGGAAGGGCGUCAAGCAGUUAUGGCAUCAGAUUUUGCUAUGGGACAGUUUCGAUUUCUUAAAAGAUUACUUUUGGUACAUGGACACUGGAAUUAUCAACGCAUUGGUUAUUUGGUUCUCUACAACUUCUACCGCAAUGCUGUUUUUGUAUUGAUGCUAUUCUGGUAUAUAUUGUUCACAGCUUUUUCAACAACUUCAGCAUUGACUGAUUGGAGCAGUGUUCUUUAUUCUGUUGUUUAUACUUCUGUGCCUACUAUUGUUGUUGGUAUUCUGGACAAGGAUUUAAGCCAUCGGACACUGUUACAGUAUCCGAAACUUUACGGUGUUGGGUAUAGGCACGAGGCUUACAAUAUACAUCUAUUCUGGAUCACGAUGGCUGAUACACUAUGGCAGAGUCUUGUUCUCUUUGGCGUACCCCUUGUCACUUAUAAGGAGAGCACAAUUGAUAUAUGGAGCAUUGGCAAUCUGUGGACAGUAGCAGUUGUUAUCCUUGUCAAUAUACACCUGGCAAUGGAUAUUCAACGCUGGGUUCUUAUUACUCAUGUUGCUGUUUGGGGAUCAGUGAUCAUCGCAUUUGCUUGUGUGGUAGUAUUGGAUUCUAUACCUAUCUUCCCUAAUUACGGUCUUACAUCAUCUGGAGUCAUUGUCAAGUACUUGGAGACUCUCCACCAUCCAAAGUUGAAAAUGCCCUGUAUGCUAGCUAGCAUUGCUCAUGUCCAUGCACGCUGCUUGAGGAAAAUGGAUAUUGAUUAG